AUUAAAAUGAACGCGAAAAAGAGCCCCAAAUCACACAGCCUUCUUGAUCAAUCCCUAGAGCAAGACUUGAGUGAGGAUCAGUCUAAGAAGACUAUUGAGGAAGAAAAGGUGCCUAAAAGUGAAGGAAAAAAUUCCAGUAAGAAGACUUCCAAGAGGAAAAGAAUGAGCAAAGGUGUAAAAGUGUCUCUGAUACCAUUGAAUAGCUCAGUGAAAGGGAUGAUGAACCACUUGAAAGUGUCUCCUUUCAUCAACCUGGUCUUCAAAAAUAGUUCUCAAGGAAGAACUACAAUCACCGAUGUGGUUGAAAGGCUGAAGACCAAGCAGUGGGAUAACUUGCUGACCAACUCCAAGGUGGUUUUCUACAAGAAAUUAUCCUCUGGAAAGGGUGGUUACACUCAACUCAAGACGGACCAAGUGAUAGGGAAUGAAAAUGACAUCUCAAUAUACUACAAGAUUAACAUUAUUUCAGGGUCAGAUCAAGAGAAGGCGUCCGAAGAGAGUCCUGGAAAUACAAAGAAGACCGAGCUCGGCAAAUAUUAUAAUAUGGAAGACAAAGAAGUAGACAGCUUUGUCAAAAUGUGAUCAGUAAUGGUCGCUGAUCUCGUUCUCAAGGAAAAGAAUGUAAAUAAGCGGGAGAGGAAAAGGCUACUCAAGAGCGCUCAGGAAGACUAUUAUGGCAAGGAGAUCGUGGCUGCCCAGCAGGAGAGAAGCUCUAGAAUAUGCUCAGAAGUGUCAGGACCAGCAAAAGAUAGCUCAAAUACCCAGAAGAUAGAGACAGGGUCCUGAUCUGAUUCUGAGUCAUCCAAUUCUGAGGAUUCCUUCAAGCUCUGCGAGUGAUGUGAUAGGAGGUUCCAAGCGUAUAUUAAAAGGAAGGAAAAGAAGGAAGAGAAGCAGCUGCUGAACCCUGAUGAGUUCUUCUUUAAUAAAUAUCCUGAGAACCUGGAAUACAGUGAGGUCUCCCACAAAGCUAAAAACAACUUGGUAAUGAAUACAUUGAUGAAUCAGUAGGGUAUGGAGCGAGGUUUUAAUAUUUUUGAGAAUAAGAGUUAUGAGUU